GAGCAAGUGUAUUUUUGAAGAUCGACUUGCGUUUUGGUCAUCAUCAGCUGAAGAUCCGGGAGUCGGAUAUUUCUAAGACUGCCUUCCGUACCCGUUAUGGCCACUAUGAGUUCAUAGUCAUGUCGUUCGGACUCAGCAAUGCCCCGGCCGUUUUUCUAGACCUUAUGAAUAGGGUGUUUCAUCCCUUCCUGGACCAGUUUGUUAUCGUGUUCAUCGACGACAUCUUGGUUUAUUCUCGGAGCAUCGACCAGCACAAGGAGCAUCUGAGGAUUUUGCUGGAGACUCUUCGCCGCGAGAAGCUGUAUGCUAAGUUCUCGAAGUGUGAGUUUUGGCUAGAUCGUGUGGCAUUCCUUGGCCACAUUGUGAUAGCGAGAGGCAUUGAGGUGGAUCCCAGCAAGAUAGAGGCAGUGAGCAAGUGGGAUACGCCAAGAAGUGCCGCUGAUGUUCGUAGUUUCCUGGGGUUAGCGGGAUACUACCGAGGGUUUAUCGAGGGCUUCUCGAAGAUAGCCCAGCCACUAACCAACCUUACAAAGAAGGCCGUGAG